AUGGUAUUACAAGCAACACAAAAAUCAACAGCAGCAACGGGUACCAUCGAGGAGAUCAAAAGAUAUCACGAUUGUAGUAGAUUAAUCCUCUCUUUCUCUUUGACCAGAGCCGUUUUAUCUUGCUUUGAAAUAACUUGGGAAGGUCGGCAGAUACAGAUAAAGAAACAAAGAAAUGUCAUCACCAAUUCAUAUGGCUCUACCCGUCUCAAGGAACUCGCACCAGGAGCAUGGGAUAGAAUAUCGGAAAGACUCAAAAAUGAUCCAAUGACUCUCCUCCCAAUCAAUCUCUAUGCCGCCAUCCUCGACAUUAAAGAUCCACUCACUGUUAUCAAAGAAUUUGAACCAGAUAAAGAAGAUGUUGGCAUUAUGGUCAAUUCUGUAAUUGGAGUCAUUCCAUUGGCAGGACCAAUCCUUCAAGGAUUCUUUUCAUUGUUUUGGAAGAGAGCAUCGCCAUCUGACAAUAUUUCAAAGGAAGAAUUGCAAAAGGAGUUGGAAAAACUUAGAAAGGAAAUGUUAAAGGCUGUCGAUGGAAAGAUCCAAGCAAGUGAGGUCAAACAAUGGAAUCAAAUGUGUCAAUCAUUUUUAUCUGGAUUGGCAAAAUCAUGUUCCACACUGACCAUUCACAUCAAUGCACUCAAACAUCAAUUCCACCGUAUGCAAGGUGCCGAUGAGCAAGUUCAAGAGGCUGUUCGUAUAGACCUUGAAUUGAUUCGUGACAAGGCCCUAACACUUCACGAAUUUUGUUCUCAAGAAGAGUACCUUGAACAUACCAUUCCAUAUUAUAUUGCAGCUUUAAAUAUCUAUAUUGUUGCUAUGACCAUUAUGGAUUCAUUUUGGUAUCAAAUUGGAAUAUCACCAAUAUUUGUAUCAGGACAGACAACAACGGAACUUGUCAAUGCAGUACCAUCGUUUAGAGAGAGAAUGCAUAAUAAUAUUAUACCAGCACUCAAAAACAUUGCCAAAGGUAUCAAAAAAGCAGGUGCCAAUCCUCCUAUUGGACUCGAUCUCUCCUCACUCCCAUCUGUUCUCAAGAAUGAUAAAUAUUGGUAUCCAAUUCCAUUGAUUGAUAAUCCAAAAAUCUAUCCAGCCGCCAACCCAACAUUCAACCUUGAAGAUGGACAUGAAUUACAAGAAGGAAUAGUAAGCAUACGCGGUGGAGGAACGAUUCCAGACAAGAGCGGUGCCUACAUUGUUCGUAUUGGUGGUGCUAAUUUCAUUAGUGGUGGUUCCAAUGGACCAACACGUCCUCAAGUGCUGAAACCCGAACCAAUCACUGGAUGUCGUGGUAAGAUUCCUGGAACAGUUGGUGCGGUUUUACAUAUCAAAUUGGCAUCAGAGCGAAAGGUACAACUUCGUAUGGCCGUAGAGAUUGUCGACAAACAAUUUCUCUCUGUUCACUUUUUGGCUGGUACAAAUGUAGUAGAUGACAUUCCCAACUAUAUAAAGAAAAUUUCAGCUGAAGAUCAGAACCUACCCAUCGAUGAUCCAUUGUCACUGGUCAAACACAAGUGGAUAGCGAAUGAUUCUACAAAAUCAAAGACUGGUUUGGUAUGGUCACCAAUCUAUGAAAACACUAAAAAUUUUGCCAUUGUCGCUAGACCUAGCCCUAUUAUAGAAUUUUCAGUAUAUGAUUAUAUCCUCCUCUACCGAUCGAUCAAUCUAAUCACCCAAUCUUCAUUAAAACUACUGAUCAUUCAAAGUAAUGCAAUCCAUAUGUCACGAUUUUCAGGAGCUCUCUUGACAAAGUCAUCAACUAGAUCAAUAUUAUCAACUAUAUCAAAUGGUUAUAAAGCAGAUAUAAAAAAUGGUCGUUCCUCUAUAUCAUUCUCUAGUACUAUUCAAUCAUCUCUAACACCAAAGAAUCAAAUAUCAUCAGAUUCACAACAACAACAACAACUCUUAUAUAGUAACAACAAUGUAUUUAAUAAAUCAACAACCAUUACAACAGAAUCAUCAAAGUUUUUGUAUCAAAAUAACAAUAGUAAACUAUUUAUGAAUCAAGAUACUUCAUUCCUAAGAAAUAAUAGAUUUAGUACAUCAAAUAAUACAACAAAUACUACAACAACUGUACAACAACAACAAGAAGAACCAAUCUCAACAAACAAUACAACAAAUACAACAAAUACAACAUCGUCGAAUGAAUUGAAACCAAAAAAGAAAUCACCAUUUGCAUUUAUGAGACAAGGAUAUUUUAAUCUUGUAAAGUUUCCAAUCUCUAUCUAUGUUACAUUUACAACGGUUGCUGGGUACGUAAUGACAGCACCUAUAGUAGAUCCAAUGACACUUGGACUUGUAUCAUUGGGUACAUUCUUGGCAUCGGCAUCUGCAUCGGCCUAUAACCAAGAGAUGGAGGUGUCGUUUGACGCCAAGAUGCCACGUACUAAAUCACGUCCACUCGUUACGGGUGAGAUCAAGAGAGAUACUGGAUUCCUUUUGGCGUGUGGUGCAAGUGUGUUGGGAUGCUUUAUUCUAGUGCCUGUCAACCCAGUAUGUGGUGCAUUGGCCAUGUCCAACAUUCUAUUGUACAUCCUCUACACACAAAUGAAACGUACUACUCCAUGGAACACUUGGGUUGGUGCAUUUGUCGGUGCCAUCCCACCACUUAUCGGUACGGUUGCCGGUGCCGGUGGAUUCGAGCCGAUUGGUGCAUUGUUGGCCACUGUCCUUUACAUUUGGCAAAUCCCUCAUUUCCUAGCGUUGGCCGAGAAGCUCAAAUCGCAGUAUGCCAUGGCAGGCUACAAGAUGUUACCAGUCACUCAUCCACACCUCAACUAUCCAGUUUCAUUCUGGCAUGCCAUUGCCGGUGUCGUUGCACCAUUUGCUUUCCAAUACUUUUGCAAUCUCAAUAUGACUACCACCACGGUAGCCUUUUUCUCACUGUCGUCGGCUCUCUUGGCUGUCGAAGCCGUCUUGGAAAACAAGUACAAACAACAAACUCUAGAUGCUCUUGCCAAGGAUUACCAUAUGAAUAUUAUUAUGUUGAUCCAGAAGAUGAUGAAAAGGAAGAGGAACAAGAACAAAAGAAAUUAA